AUGUUGCAAAAACGUCCGCUAAAUUAUAAAAUUGUAACAGCAUUAUUGGUGCUAAAUUUUAUUGCUGUUACCAUGCUAAUAAAUCGCGCCACGAUCAGCAUGAUAUUGAGCGAAAAAGUGUUAAUCAAAAAUCGUGAACAUUUAAUAAUUGAUACAAGAGAGGAUCAUGAUGAAACCUUCAUUUACGAACACAUUGCCAAGGAGAUGCCCUACUUACCGGUGGCCGAUUUAAACAAUAUUCACUAUAAAAAUCGCAAUUACAAUUCAUCUUGUGCCUGGUAUCCCUCAUUCCUGGACAUAAAGAUACACAAUGACUAUUGGCAAGAGUUCAUUAAUAAAAACAUCAGUUACUACUUAUUUGGAGCCUAUUUCGAUAGAAGACCCUCUGUAACCUAUGAGGAACCCGUUGUAAGAGUCUUAACCAUGAUGCAUUUCAUAGCAGCCAAAGAUGAGGAAUAUCCCGAAACAUAUUGCCAGGUGUGGUAUGACCAGCAGCCCCAACCCUAUAUAACUAAAGUUACCGAAUUGAGACGUAUUUGGUAUUACGAUUGGGGUCAUAGUUUAGAUCAUCAUUAUGCUCAUUUUUUGUCCUGUUCGGUACCAGAAGAACAUCGCUCAUGGACACCACGUUCGGUAUCGCUAGUUACUUCGCCCUGUGACAAGGCCACCAAUAAUGUGUUGGUAACAUAUCAUCCCCUUAAAGAGGAAGAAACUAAGCAAAAGUUUGUGGUGUGUGUUAAGGGUUUGGAUUAUCCCUAUGUGGAUAUGUCGCAUCGUUUGGUGGAAUAUAUAGAAACUAUGCGUUCCCUGGGGGCUGAUAAAGUGGUCAUGUACAAGCUGCAAGUGCAUCCCAAUACCACAAAAGUGUUGCAGCAUUAUGUGGACUCGGGUUAUCUAGAAUAUCGUCCCUUUAGUUUGUCCACAAAAGUAAGCAAUUUACCCGGCUUUCGUCACAUGCAAAUCGAUAAGAAUGGUUUUUCGUAUGUGUUGCACGAGGUGAUACCCUACAAUGAUUGUUUCUAUCGCCACAUGUAUCGCUAUGAAUAUGUAGCAGUAUUGGAUGUAGAUGAAAUACCCAUGCCUUUGGGCAACUAUCGCAAUUGGCAUGAUUUGGUUAAGUUCGGGGAGACGGAAAAAAAUCAAAAUUGCAAUCAUUUUGCUGCUUUUUGCUUUCGCUGCAUAUAUUUUCCACGCUAUGCGGAAAAACCUCGCUAUAGCCAAGAGUUUCCCGAAUAUUUUUAUAUGCUGCAACAUGUUCAUCGUGUUAGGGAGCACAUACGCCCCGAAUGGGCCACCAAAUGUUUUCAUCACACAGAUCGUGUGAUAGCCACCCACAAUCAUUUUCCCAUGCACAUUAAAUGGGAUGUGUGUCCCAGUUAUUCGUUUAAUGCCACCGAUGCCCAAUUGCAGCACUAUAGAGAGCCUCCUCUCAAGGAUACUUUAGAUGAUCCGGUAGUCGAUACAAGUUUGUGGCGUUUUAAGGAUGAGAUAAUAGAGCGUUCUAUGAGAGUAUUUGAGGAGCUUAACUUUUUUGAAGAAAUAGAAGCUGAUUAUUAA